AUGAGACUACCCGGCCCCGCCGUUCUGGCUACAUGGCCAACGCCAAAUUAUAUCGACCCGCCAACCCGCGGACAUGGUGUCAUGAUUUUGAACAUCGUCUGUUUCUCUUUGGCUUUGAUAGUUGUCUUCUUGCGCGUAUAUACGCGAGCCUGCAUCACAUCCAGCGCUGGUUUUGAUGACGUCCUUAUCGUCAUCGGCUUAGUCUUUGGUAUUGGAAUGGCCGUUGCAACCUCAAUAUCGACCGAAUACGGGGGAAUGAAUCGUCAUCUCUGGGAUGUCGAGAUUCCAAAGCUUGUUACAAUCCAACAGCUCAACCUAGCCUGGGAGAUGCUUUUUGCGUUAGCUUCAUGCUUUACCAAGAUCUCAUUAUUAUGGUUUUGUCGACGACUGAUCAGCAAAGGCACCCAUCGAUUAUACAACUGGCUGUUCAUUAUCGCGAUGGUAUUCGUUGGCUUUAACAACAUGCUGUUUGUCUUUUUAAGCAUUUUUCAGUGCUCGCCAAUUCAUGCAUACUGGGAAAUCAUACACACCGAGCCAUAUUACUGUAUGAGUGAUGUCGGAAUCAUCUUCUCCGGCAGUGUGAUUAACAUCCUCACUGAUCUAAUGGUCACAACAUUACCCAUGCCCCUUAUCUGGAGCUUGAAGCUACCGGCGCGUCAACGCCUGGCGGUCAUUUCCAUAUUCGGUCUUGGAGUCAUUGUGAACGUCGCAGGCACUGUACGAACCGUUUAUGUAUGGGAAUGCAUGAUGGUUUCCUAUGAUUUAACCUGGAUGGGAUGGCCAAUUCUCAUCGCGUCGACGGUCGAAAUUAGCUUAGGCCUGGUAAUGCACAUGAGUCCAGUUAAUGCUCUACACGAUGCUAACCAUGCGCAGAUCUGCUCUUCGGCCCCAGCGCUCCGCCCACUUGCUGCAGCAUUCUUACCCCGUCUGCUCAAAUCGAAACGGAGCUUAUCCUCUUACUACCGCCGAAACCGUAACCCGAAGUCGUGGUCUUCAACGGCUCGCUCUAGAAGCUCCCGGAUGAACUCAACCGAGUGCCAAGCCGAAUACGAUAGCGAUCACCUCAAGAUGAUGCCCACCAUUGAGAUGCAAAGCUGGAACGAGUCGAGCCAUGUCAGUCAGAUAAAAAUGGGCGCUGCUUUGGAGACAAAAACCAAGCAUCAAUGUCGUGCCAUCAGUCCUGCUGAGAGCACGGACGCGACCAAUGAAGUUGUAUACGCGUCUCCCGCAUGCCCUGCUUCCUCGUUCUCCAGGCCAGGCGACAAGCAAGGAGAUUGUGAGAUUGGAUGGACACGCUAG